UAGUCGUCUGCCCGUGUCCGUCUCAGCUCGAGAAAAACCAUCGAAACCUGACGCGAUGCAGCGCUGCGUACGUGCUGCUGCGACGCGACGCGGCGAUCUUUACCUUUUGCCUCGCUUCUUUCCCGCACGCGCGGCUCGCGCAUGCAUGCACGAUGCGUAUCCCCCUCCCGCACCGGUCCCUACCUUAGCUCCCUCCACCACCGCACACUUUUGGAUCUCCCUCCCCUGCUCCACCCUCCUGGCCUCAAACUAACCUGCAUCUUCGUCGACGCGCGACGCCCUAGCUUGGCGCGCGACGGACGGAUCGAUCAUCGGCCGAUGCAUGCAUGGGCGCCUGUGUUCUGAGCCAGCAUGCGGCCAGCUGCAUCGUCGUCCUCCUCCUCCUCUCGCGACCGGCUGACGAUCAGCCGGCCGACGGAGAAGGACGACGUCGUAGAAGAGAAGAGGGACGGCGGCGACGUGACGGCGGCCGUGCCGAGGCUGGCGGUGUACGGCGCCGGCCGCGUGCACGAGAUCGAGCGGUUCUCGCACUACGUUGCUAAGCAGAUAGGGAUUGAGGAUGUGAGCGAGUGCCCCCACCUUUGUGCACUAGCUUACGGUUAUCUGAAGAAGACUGAGGGUUAUGAACAAAACCUACUCGCGUUCUUCCAUAACAAAAUAAACUCGGACGCUCUUCUCGUGCUGUUGAUUGAGGAGCUAGACAAAUGUAUACUCGGCUACUUCUCCUUCCAUUGGAAAUUUGCCACUGAAGUAAUCACACAGGUUCUAACAGCAGAGCAGCCUAGAAGAAAGCUCAAAACCAUGGUGUUAGAAGCCACUAGAAAGAUGAGGUUUGAGAGGGUGUCAAGGAAGCUGAAGGUGACGAGGCUGUUCUCCACGCUGGUGGAGGAACUGAAGGUCAUCGGGGUCACCUGCAACGACGGCCAGCUGCGCGACGCCGACGCCGACGUGAUGGUCCCGGCGGCUCACCGCGACCGCAGCCCGGUCCUGCUCCUGAUGGGCGGUGGCAUGGGCGCCGGCAAGAGCACCGUGCUCAAGCAGAUCAUGAAGGGGUUGUUCUGGUCCGGCGCGGCGGCGCACGCCGUGGUGGUGGAGGCGGACGCGUUCAAGGAGUCGGACGUCAUCUACCAGGCCAUCAGCUCGCGCGGCCACCACAACGACAUGCUGCAGACAGCCGAGCUGGUGCACCAGUCGUCGAUCGACGCGGCGGCGUCGCUGCUGGUGACGGCGCUGAACGAGGGGCGGGACGUGAUCAUGGACGGCACGCUGUCGUGGGAGCCGUUCGUGCUGCAGACGAUCGCCAUGGCGCGGUCCGUGCACCGGCAGCGGUACCGGAUGGGCGUGGGCUACAAGGUCGCCGCCGACGGCAACGCCACCGAGCAGUACUGGGAGCCCGUCGAGGGCGCCCCCGUGCCCAGCGGGAGGAGGCCCUACCGAAUCGAGCUCGUCGGCAUCAUCUGCGACGCCUACCUCGCCGUCGUCAGGGGGAUCAGGCGAGCCAUCAUAUCGGGGCGAGCCGUGCGGGUGAGCUCGCAGCUCAAGUCGCACAAGCGGUUCGCCGGCUCGUUCCGCAAGUACUGCGACCUCGUCGACAGCGCCAGCCUCUACAGCACCAACACCAUCGCCGGCGCGAAGUUGAUCGGGUGGAAGGACGUGGGGAGCAGGCUGCUGGUGGACGUGGAGGAGAUCGGGCUGCUGGACAGGGUGAGCAGGAUCAACGAGGAGGCCAACGGCGUGCACGAGCUGUACCCGGACGGCCACCCGACGGACGGCGCCGGGUCGGUGUGGGAGGAUCUGGUGUCGUCGCCGGCCAGGGCCGCGAUACAGCGGGAGCUCAGGGAGGCCAUCCUCGAUAGCGAGGCCUGCUUCCCGUCGCCGUAGGCUGCACAGCAGCAAGAGGCUAUGUACCGAUGCAGAUUUGUUGGUUCGUUCGUUCACGUUCGCUCACGACACGAUCGUACUAUACGUGUCGUGGUGACGUAGUAGGUAGGGGUGAUCUCUUUGUUUUUCCGUACACCAACUCUACUGUUUGAUGAUGGUAUCGACGUUGACUAGUCGACCGAUGCCAUCCGUCGGCGAUGGACUUUUCGGGAAUCGUGACAUCUGUCACGUGCUGAUGCGCUGAUGGGGCCAUCUUACACAGGCAGCCCUCGACGCUUAGGGCCAUCUUCCUUGAAGAGGUUAGAAACGUAUUAGGCCUGAAAAGGGGCCCGAGUACAGCGCUGCAAGAGAAAAGAAGGUAGCAGCAACAGCAUUUCGGCCCUGUUUCGCUAUUUGAAAUGCAUGAUUUUUUUUAUUUUAUUUUUGUGAGGAUUGAAAUGCAGGAUUUUUUUUACUUUGGUCAAACAUUGACAUCAUACUGUAUCUCACACGUUUUCUUUGAGUAAUUGUCUAUAUGAUUCACAUAUUCUAGAACUGCACUAUAGUAAAAGGGGUAUUUUUUAAGAGAAACAGUAAAGGAGUAAUAAGAAGGUCCUUUAGAAAUUUA